GUGUGGAAGCGCCACGCAGUAGGCUGGCACAUAUUUAGACGCCUUUCUGGGCGUCCGGCUGUCUACGUCACCGACUUUCAGAACGCUAUGGAACAGCGUGGAAUGAAUGUGGCAUUGUAGCGGUGGCUGUGAGGUGGACAUUGAAAAGGCGACGAUGAGGAGCCCGUUGCGUGUGCUGUAUCUCUGUUUGUUCACCUUUCUGCUCCUCCGCUCUGGGGAAGGCGCCAGACAAGGACAGGACAUAAAAUGUGGAGCUUGCAGGGCCCUGGUGGAUGAAAUGGAGUGGGAAAUCUCUCAGGUGGAUCCCAAGAAAAUGAUCCAGACGGGAUCCUUCAGGAUCAAUCCGGAUGGCAGCCAGUCUGUCAGAGAGGUGCCCAUGGCGCGAUCUGAAGGCCAUCUGCUGGAGGUCUUGGAGGAGGUGUGUGAAAAGAUGAAAGACUAUGGGGAACAUGCUGACCCCUCAACUAACCGCAAGACCUAUGUGAGAGUGACCUCUCGGGACGGCAAAGCCAUGGAUCUCUCUGAAACCACACUGGAUUCACGAGUCUCCUCUAGCCUCAAAUAUGCUUGCGAGACCAUCGUCGAGCAACAUGAGGAUGAGCUCAUCGAGUUCUUCGCCCAUGAGACGGACAAUGUCAAAGACAAACUCUGUAGCAAACGUACAGAUCUGUGUGACCAUGCUCUACAAAUACCCCACGAUGAGCUGUGACCCCCCCCCCCCACUCCACUCCACAUGUACUCUCUUUUGCCAUGGGGAGGUAGGACUCCAGGAGGAAUCCAGAUGCCCCACACUUCCAUCUCUGGCCGGCUCCCCCCUCAUGUUUUUUUUGUUUGUUUGUUUUUUCUGGGGGGACUGUGGAUUGAAGUCCAUGCUGGCUUGAUCCUAUCAAGAAUCUUGGAUUUGAGAUUACUCAGCAGACAUCUUCAGUACUGCUGACUCAUCACAUCACUGAACCUCUCUCCUGUUGUAUUCACAAGUGCUUCUACAUCCUUGUCUUAACCCCUGAUUUGAGAAAAUGGUAACACGUAAGACACGUAACACAGCAUUCACAAACAGUACCUGUAAUAUGGGGUUGUUUUAUUUCUGUAAUCCCGAAGGUGUAAUUAAAUCUUUGAACAAAUUAAUUGAUUGGUUUUACAGUUAUGAUGAGUUAAUUUUUUUUUACUUAAGUGACCGUUUAUCACAGUACUGUACACCAUCAGAAUUUGUAGAGACAUCAUUUGUAGAGGUUUCCCUUGGUGAUUUUGCAAAUAGGAUGUUUCGCACUUCAUAUUGGAUUCAUUUCAUUCUUUUGUUGAUUUUCAUUUUUACACAUUACUGAUUUUCUAGAACAUUUGCAAACUUUCCUACUUAUUAUUGUUCAAUUUUGUGAAUGCGACGUGAUAUUGUGUCCUUUGUAUUUAAAUGAUUUUUUUCUCCAUUCCAACAGUUAUUUGUUUUUUAACGUAUUCAGGACCUUUAGGUAACUUGUCUCUAAUGUCGUUUUCUAAGAUGAUCUUUUGAUGGAAGUAUAUUUCUAUAUUCAUGUCUGGAGUCUCUGCUUUUACUGGCAAGGUUGCUUCUUGUCAAUUGGUUGGUAAAUAAAAGCUAUGUUUAAUGAUA